CCUUUUAUCCUAUAACAACAACAAGACAACGUAUGUGAGGAAAAAAAAAAAAACAUAGAGACUCGAUAAGAGAUUCAUUCAUGGGCUCUGAACUCUGAACUCAACAGCUACACUUCACACUCAGAACUCUGUUCCAUUCUCUCUUCGCUCUAAAUCAAUUGCAACAUUGUAAGACUCAGUCAUCUGUGUGGCAAUGAUGAUCUCUUCCGUGCAUGCCACACUUUCGCUAUUUCGUCAAAGUAAUAAUAGCCUAAGGAGCUUAAAAUUUUGUUUACCUUUCUCAUCAUCUGCUGCCUCUCUCUCUGCCAACAACCUUUCCCGCAAGAAAUCGAGGCAGCAGCCAGUUCUCUCUGCAUUGGAGUAUGGUGGAGUCAAGAUUACAAGACAAGAUGUAGUGAAGGACGACGAUCCAACAAAUAAUGUUCCAGACAACAUAUUUUCAAAACUUGGAAUGCAGCUUCACAGGAGGGAUCAACACCCUCUUGGGAUAAUCAAGAAUGCAAUAUAUGACUAUUUUGACACAAAUUAUUCAAACAAGUUCAAUAAGUUUGAUGACCUUUCUCCCAUUGUUUCACUAAAGCAGAACUUUGAUGAUGUCUUGGUUCCUGAAGACCAUGUGAGUAGGAGCUAUAACGAUACAUACUACAUAGACCCUCAAACUGUUUUAAGGUGCCACACAAGUGCUCAUCAGGCAGAAUUAUUGAGAGAUGGACAGACUCACUUCCUUGUUACUGGAGAUGUUUAUCGAAGGGAUUCAAUUGAUUCUACUCAUUACCCUGUCUUCCAUCAAAUGGAAGGCUUUCGGGUUUUUGUUCCAGACGAAUGGGAGGCAUCUGGGAUGGAUGGCACAUCAUUUGCAGCAGAAGACCUAAAGAAAUGCCUCGGGGGUCUAGCACGCCAUUUAUUUGGUGAUGUGGAAAUGCGCUGGGUUGAUACCUAUUUCCCAUUUACUAAUCCAUCAUUUGAACUUGAAAUAUAUUUCAAGGAAAAGUGGUUGGAGGUUUUGGGGUGUGGAGUGACAGAGCAAGAGAUUCUGAAAAGAAAUGGGAAAUCUAAUAAUGUGGCUUGGGCUUUUGGCCUAGGUUUGGAGAGGUUAGCUAUGGUUCUGUUUGACAUACCGGAUAUUCGUCUCUUUUGGUCGGAUGAUGAGCGAUUUACCUCCCAGUUCUCCAAGGGCCAGCUAGGGAUCAAAUUUAAGCCGUUUUCAAAGUAUCCUCCUUGUUACAAGGACAUCAGUUUCUGGAUCAAUGAAUCAUUUACUGAAAACAAUUUGUGUGAAGUUGUCAGAGGAGUAGCGGGAGAUCUUGCAGAAGAGGUGCAACUAAUAGACAAUUUCACCAACAAGAAAGGAAUGACUAGCCACUGCUAUAGGAUUGCAUAUAGAUCUAUGGAACGUUCUCUUACCGAUGAGGAAAUUAACGAUCUGCAGUGGAAAGUAAGAGAUCUGAUACAAAACAAAUUGGAAGUUGUCAUAAGAUGAGCUUUAAUGGGUUUAAAAUUAGGGUUAAUAGUGCUUUAUCCCCCUGUAAUAUAGGUCAUUUCCGGUUUCCCCCCUGUAAAAUUUUCUUUUUGGAUUCCCUCCUUGUAAUUUGAAGUUUUUUGGUUUUGGACCUUCAUGAAUCUUGACUGUACAAAAUCGAUGAUAUGACAAGGGGUAAACCGAAAUUUGCUCAAAUUGCAGGGGGGUAAACAUUCAUUUCCUCAAAUUACAGGGGGCGAAAUUUCCUUAAAAUUAUGCAGCUUUGCUACUUUUUAUCUCAUUUUUUUCUACGUACAGAUGUUUUAGCUCCCAUUACAGCAUGAGUAACACUAGAAUUUUUAUUUUAUUUUAUUUCGGUAUGGUGAAUGUACUACACAGCUAGCGCAAGAGGAAUGUGUAUCCUCUAAUUUUGCUACGAAAGAUCAAAUAAAACAAAAGGCAAUGGCAAAAAGCCUGCAUAACAUAUAGUGUGCUUGGAUUAAAGUUUGUAAACUGAUUUUAGAUGAAUUUGAUUUUGUAUAAUUGAUGUUA